AUGGCGACCAAUCACAAUAUUAACCCCGAGGACGACUGGACAACGACUCGCGAGGGCCCCGAUAUCUUUACAGGGAUGGAACUAGAAUCGAAAAUAGAGAUGCUGCAUAUGCUCCCCGAGAUGGGACUAGGAAUGUAUCAAGGGGACCGAAAAUCGAAAGAGCGCGAACAAAUUCCCAGCCACCCAGGAAGCAGACAUAUGGUAGAAUUAGCAAAGGGAAGGUCUUUGAUAUUUAGAGGUAAAGGAGGAAUCAGAGCACUAGGCCGGGAUUCUGAACCAAAUUUAUUGUGUAAAAUUGACGGAUAUACGGCUCGACUGGCUAUAGAUACUGGGUCUAAAGUCAGGCUUCUAUCCCGAUCAUUAGUUCACAAGGUUGCUGGCGUAGAACUUAACUGGAAAAAGGGAGAGAUUUUGUUCCAAAGUGUUACGGGCCACGGAAUAACCACCUACGAGACCAUAAAGGUUCACUUUGAUAUGGGCCCUUUGCAAUUUUCUCAUUCGUGUUAUGUCGUAAAUGACCAGAUUACACAUCCAUUUGAUGGACUUCUAGAAAGAGAUAUUAUAAAAACUCAACAGUUGACGAUUAAUCUGGCAAGAAGAACAUUAACCCUCCCAAAAAAGGAAGAAAUUCCAUUUCGGAAAAACUUUGAUACCCACAAAUCAAGUAUUUUAAAGCCAGAAGAAAAAAACCGACCUUGUAAAGGCAUCCAGAACCAGGCCAAAGGUUACUCGAUUCUUAAUAGGUCAACAACCAAAGUCACCCAUAAUCAAAAGAAAAAUUCUAAUUCCGAACAAACUCAAGAUGUAAUCUUAUCGGCGGAUUGUAAUCUUCCCCUGAGAUCCGAAAUAAUUACGAUGGCCAAUAUAUCUGGAUUAAGACAAGAGGGCAAAAUCGGAGUUAUAGAAUCCUAUAUUAGUAGCCAGGAGGGGGUUGUAGGAACAGAUAUCCUAGCAAAAACCAUGAAGGGAGGACAAGUACCAGUCCAUAUAACUAACCUUUCCAUUCAACCUAGGAAAAUAGAGAAAGGCGAAUGUGUUGGAACCUUUUUAAGAGCAGUAGAAGACAAAUCUUCCAUAAAGCCCUGCACUAUCAAUAAAUCCUCUACUUCUGAUCUUACCAGAGAACAAUUCAGUCAAUUAUUCAAUUGGUCCCAUAUCGGAAAAGGGAAAAAACAGCCUUUAUUAAAAAACCUCUUGUACAAAUAUCGACAUGUCUUUGCCACUCAAGAUUAUGAUUUGGGGUAUUGUCAAGUCGUGGAACACGAAAUCAAUACAGGAGAUGCUUCUCUCAUAUACCAACUUCCAUAUCGAAUCCCCUAUGCUCAAAGAGAAAAGAUAAAUGAAAUCAUUGAUGAAUUAUUAGAUCAUAGAAUAAUAUCACACUCAAAAUCCCCCUGCGACAAAUUAAAUUCUUCUGAUGAAGGGAUAAGACCGGAUCCCGAUAAAAUCAAUUGCGUAUUAACUUUUCCCAAACCUACCAAUAAACAUGAUAUCAAGUUGUUCCUAGGUUUAACUGGAUAUUACCGGCGCCACAUCAAAUCCUAUGCAGAUAUUGCAAAGCCAUUGAAAGAUCUCUUAAAAAAUGACGCUCAAUUCCAAUGGGGAGAGGAGCAAGAGCGGAGUUUCGAAAGAUUAAAAGAAGUCAUUACUUCAUCCCCACAUUUAAAAUCUGAUUUCACUAAACCUUUUAAACUGGCUACAGAUGCUUCUAACGAGGCUAUAGGAGCUGUAUUAUCACAAGAGGACAAAAGAGGAGAAAUGCCAAUUGCUUACGCCAGUCGCAUAUUGAGGAAAUCCGAAAAAAAUUAUAGCACUACUGAGAAGAAAAUCCUAGCGGUUGUUUGGGCUACCAAAUAUUUCAAACCUUAUUUAUAUGAAAGGAAAUUCAUUAUUCUCAUUGACCACAGACCCUUGAAAUGGCUCAUGAGCAACAAAGACUCUAGCACAAACUCUCGAAUAGCUCGUUGGAUUAUAUUUUUGCAAGAAUUUGAGUUCGAAGUAAGGCAUAAAGCGAGAGAAUGUCAUAAAAACGCCGACGCUUUAAGUCGUAUUCCUAUCCGACAAAUCGUAGAGACUGAAGACGACCUUGACCCAAUAUACUCCAAAGCUCAAAUCCAAGAUCUACAAAGACGAAAUCCAAAAUGGAAUCCUAUAAUUCAGCAACUAGAAGAUGGAACCACUCUAGAUCCAGAUCUUAAGAUACAAUUCUUCCUAGAUGAAGAAGGAGCUCUUUAUCAUUUACAACCUCUCAAUCAAGGCGACUUUCUAGAACAAUUAGUUAUUCCAUCAGUCCUGAUUCCAUACCUACUACAUACUUAUCAUGAUACUCCUGUCGGAGGAUAUUUGGGAGCACGAAAAAUGCAACAAAAACUCCAGACCUUAUUUUAUUGGCAGAACAUGAACAGAGACAUAAAAACUCAUUGCCAAGAAUGUCAACGAUGUGCUAUACACAAACGAAAGGACAAACGAACAGAAGCUGAAAUACAGUUAUUCUCACCCCUCACACAUUUAUUUGAACGGACAGCUAUGGACAUUAUCGGUCCUUUGCCUAUUACAACCAAUGGAAAUAAAUACAUUUUAGUCUUUGUCGACCAUUUUAGCCGAUAUGCAGAAGCGAUACCUUUACCCAAUAUUCAUAGCAAAACUAUCGCCAAGGCCUUCGUUACCAACAUCGUUUUACGCCAUUCAACUCCUGUCCAACUUCUUACAGAUCGAGCCCCAAAUUUAAUUUCCAAGAUGUUCAAGGAAGUAUGCGAAUUGCUUCAUAUUAAGCUACUUCAUACAACUGCUUAUCACCCUGCAUCCCGUCCGACCCGAACUAAAUACGAUGUAGAAGAUAACUUCGCAUCGGAACUCCACCUGCGAAUGGCCAGUGCCCAUCAAUUAGCACAAGAAUACGCCGAAGCAGCAGCCAGAGAACGUCAAAAAAUACAUUGCCAAACUUAUAAAAUUCGUACAUAUCAGAAGAAACAACUAAAAGUUCAUGCUCAUAGAUUGAAACAUUGUACCGCUAGACAAGAAUUCGAAAUGUCAGAAAGUUUAGAUCAAUUUCCUACCCCAACAUCCACACAACCUAAGGUAUUAUCCCGCCAACCUUCCCUAAGUGCAGACCGGUGGGACGAAUUUAUUCUCACCGAAAUUCAACCACAACCAGAAACGGAUCUAGAAUCCAAAGAAGACGAUCCCGAGAGUUAA